CUCAGGCCUCAGCCAGCGUGCGCGCCCACAACCCCUCACGUCGUCCCCGCCAAUCACACCGCACGAACCGAGGACGACGGGACACCACCGUCACCGCGACGUAGUAGUAGUACUACAUGCAUAGCAUAGCCUCGUGGAGUCGUGGUAGUAGUAGUUUAGUUUUGCUCGCUUCCACACCGCACCGCCGUUCCCUUUUUUAUAUCCCGCGGAUGCGCCUGCCUCUGCCUCGGGGUCGGGGGGGCAGCUGGUGACAUCGGAUUCGGAUCAGGCCGAGAAGAUCGAACUGCUCCGAUCCGGCGCUUAAUUUCUCUCUCUCUCUCUCGGGCUAGCUGCCCGGGCAAAUGGACGCCGAGUGGAGCGGCGACGAGAGCAAGGCUGGCGCUGCGGGCGGAGUUUCGUCGGCUGAUUGCCCAAGUUCGCCACCGCCGGUGUCGCCGGCGCCACCGUCCACGUCGCCAGCUGCUACCGGUGCCGGGAGGAGGCGGUCGGCGAACAAGCGGGUGGUCACCGUGCCGCUGGCGGACGUCAGUGGCCCACGGCCCAAGGGCGUCGGCGAGGGCAACACGCCGACGGACGCGUGGGCGUGGCGCAAGUACGGCCAGAAGCCCAUCAAGGGCUCGCCUUUUCCGAGGGCUUACUACAGGUGCAGCAGCUCCAAGGGGUGCCCGGCCAGGAAGCAGGUGGAGCGGAGCAGGGCGGAGCCGGACAAGGUGAUCGUCACGUACUCGUUCGAGCACAGCCACUCGGAGGCCAUGGCGGCGGCGAGGGCGCAGAACCGCCAGGCCCCGAAGCCAAAGCCGGCCCAGCCACAGCCAGUCCCGCCGGAGUCCCCGUCAUCCGGCAGCCACGACGUCGCUGCCGCUGCCACGGUCGUCUGCGCGCCUGCUGCGGCCGAGACCGAGGCCGGCGCGGCGGCCGUCGAGGUGCACGACGAGUUCAGGUGGCUCUACGACGGCGUGUCCGUCACCUCCUCGGCGUCCCCACCGGACGUCGAGGCGGCGGACGAGAUGCUGUACGGGGCGAUGUUCUUCGGCGCCCCGCCCGCGCCCCUCCCCGACGAGUUCGGCGACGUCGGCGGGCUGUUCGACGGAGAAGGGGGCGAGGAGGACGCCAUGUUCGCGGGUCUCGGCGAGCUGCCCGAGUGCGCCAUGGUGUUCCGGCGGCACGCCGGCGACGGGAUUUCGGUGGCAGGCCGGGUGAAGUGAAGUGAAUCCUGAAUUGAAGGUCCUGACAUGUGGGCCGGGGCAGGCCGGACUCCAAUAAAAACCAGAUAAACUCAUGUAGAGCUCCUUGAUCUAUCUACUUUUGGCUUUUCUUCCGUUCCUCUUGUCAUCACCUAGCUUUUCUUCUUUCAUCCUUCUCUGAUUGGUUGUUUAUACACAAACACAGACACGGUAGCAGAUAGAAAAACUUGGC